AUGCCGAAUCAGUCGACCUGGGUAGCAAGCCAAGAUGAUUCAAGUGAAGAUGAUGAAGAUGAAAUUGAACGCUAUGCUAAAGCAAAAUUAGUUAUUAGUAAUGAAGAAUAUGUAUUACAAUGGUGGAAGAAGUGGAGUAUAAAUUAUCCGACGCUAAGUGUUUUAGUAGGAUCAUUACUAGUGGAAUUUGUCGGCACAGUAAAUGAACAAGUUGAUGUUCAAGUGGAUACAUUCAUAGAAGAAUUAUCAAAACAUUGA